CAGUACAAAGCAAAAGCGACUUGUGUCAAGAAUUAUUGCUUUUUCUCGUAAAAUAAUCUCAUCAAAGUGUACUAAAAUGUAAAUCAUACCAUCGGAAGAAUGUUUUAUUACUAGAAUAUUCGCAGAAUUUGCUCAAUAAAUAGGCUGCCGUGUGAGUUGUAGUGUCUUCAAAACAUAGUGAACUUUUUCGUGUGUUGUGAUGAGUUUUAUAAGUGAUUUUGCAGUUUUUAUUUACAUACGUCGAUAGUGUUAAGUGUUGAAAAUGGCUAAAAAGUCGGAGAACACUGGCGGCAAGCUAGUCACCGUGUCAGUGGUCGGACUUUCUGGCACAGAGAAAGACAAAGGGCAGCUUGGAGUGGGCAAGUCGUGUUUAUGCAACAGAUUCGUACGGACUCACGCCGAUGACUACAAUGUCGACCACAUCUCUGUGUUGAGUCAGUCGGACUUCAGCGGUCGCGUGGUGAACAACGACCACUUUCUGUACUGGGGCAGCGUUCAGAAGGAGAAUGACGACCAGGAGUACAGGUUCGAGAUCGUGGAGCAGACGGAGUUUGUGGACGACGCCUGCUUUCAGCCGUUUAAAGCUGUCGGCAAAACCGAAACAUACAUCAAACGCUGCGUGGCCACCAAGCUCCAAUCAGCUGAGAAACUGAUGUACGUCUGCAAGAACCAGCUGGGCAUAGAGAAGGAGUACGAACAGAAGACCAUGCCUGAUGGCAAGCUGAGCGUCGACGGAUUCCUGUGCGUCUAUGACGUCAGCCUGGUUCCUGGCAGGAGCUGGGAGAAACAGAACGAGAUCCUAGCGGCGAUCCUCCAAAACAUAGUUAAGCUCAAAAAGCCCGUUGUUCUCGUCACGUCCAAGAACGACGAAGCCUGCGAGCAAGGAGUUCGUGAAGCCGAGCGUUUGGUGCAACGAAAGGAGUUCAAAGGCUGCAUACCCAUCGUGGAGACGUCCAGCCAUGAUAAUGUCAAUGUAGACCAGGCUUUUGUGCUGCUAGCACAGAUGGUGGACAAGUCUAAAGCUAGGAUUAAGGUGGCUAACUAUGCAGAAGCGCUGAGGAUAAGGAGGGAAACCCUGGACUUCGUUACGGAGGCCUUCACGCAGCUCAUUCGGAUACACGUCCAAGACCAUAAAGAGAUGUGGUCAGCAGCUAGCAAGAGAUUGUGUCACUACGCAGAGUGGAUUAAAUUCGUCCAGCAGUUUGGGAAUGACGGGACACAGGUGGUGUACCGGCGUCACAUCAGAAGACUGAAGGAGGAGCGCUCCGCCAAGAAACUCCGCAAACAGCUGGCCAAGUUGCCCCAGGUGUUGUCUCGAAUGCAGCUGCCUACUGAAGAUCUGCAGGAGAACGACUGGCCCAUGGUAGUCCGUCAACUGCGUUCCCACCGCGAUUUCUCCGUCUACUUCAGCGAGGGCCGCGCGCCCGACUCGGGCUCCGAAUCCGGGUCCGACCUGGAGAGUCCGCUCGGUACUGAUACUACGCUGCGGGUGGGCGAACGCGCCACUAGGUAUCAGACUUUGGGCCAGUCCCAGAAGAUACCGUACGAGAUCUUAGAAACCAACGAAGCGGCUUCUGUCUUCAAGACUUACUUGCACGAGGCGCAAGAGGAGCAACGAAAUUACGAGUGGUGCCAACAAUUCAAGCGUCUGCUAGAAGAAACAGGUUACGUGACCCCUGGGAAGCAGCUAUCCGAAGUCCGGGUGCUUCUCAUGGGAAGGGAGUGCUAUGAGGCGCUCACUGAGGAGCAGCAGCAGCGGGUCUACGACCAGCACCAGAGGCAGAUACAGAGGCGCGCUAAACACAACCUUCAGGAACUCCUGUUAGAGCACGCGGACCUGUUCUACCACUUCAAGAGCAUAUCCCCGACGGGCACAAUCACCCAGGAGGACAUCAAGGAGAUCACCGACGUGUUGCAGGACGACUCCAGAUACAAGAUGCUGGACCGCAUGGAGCAGGACCGCAAGCUGAUGCUGUUCCAGCAUCUAGGCUUCGUGCACUGUCCGAUGCGGGAGCACUGUCCGGCAGGAUCCAACUGUUUGGACGCUACGUUGCCUGUCAUCCUCAACACUAGAGUUGGGUCUUUGACGUCCACUGGGGAGUCUCAGUGCCAUGCCGGGCCGCCGGCGGCGCCGUGGGCGCUCACAACCGACUCUAACCAGAUCAACGUUAUCAUAUUAGGAGUGGAAGGCAUAGCAGGCGAGUUCGGCAAACGCCUGUUAGCUGGUUGCGACUCAGAACGGCGUGUCAGUGUGCAAGGACUCACGUGGCGUGUGGAGCAACGAGUGAGGACUGAUGACUUCAGUGCUGACACUACUGCUAUCGAUGAGUUCGCGCCCAACGGUUACUUCUGCGUUUACCAAGACCAGGAGUCAUUCGAAUACAUACGAGGCUGCGCCGAAAAGACCUUACUAUCCAGUUUGGAGCAGGAAGACAAGCUUCCAUUUCAAGGUUUGCCAUUGGUGGUGAUGUUCGUCCAAGACGAAGGUAUGGAUAAGAAGGAACUUGCCAGAUUACAGGAGGAGGGACAAAAUCUUGCCGACAAUCUCCACUGCUCAUACAUGGAGGCGUCAGUCAACGAGCUCGGCACCGAAGCUCUGACGUCAGACGCGAUACAAGAGCUCAUCCGAGCUAACAGAGAGAAGGCGAGCUACGCGCAUCUGUACAGAGACCUCAUUGUGUGCUUCGACUCGGACAUACGGAUAAUGGUGUGCAUGUUCUGCGAUGACCCGUACUCGCCCGAGCGGGUGCUGAGCCCGCUACUGCUGCACAAGGCGUGCUUCCUCACCGGCGACCGCUCCAUCGUCAUCGAGACCUUCCUGGGCGACUCCAAGCGGAAGGUCGAGGCGUGCUUCCUCACCGGCGACCGCUCCAUCGUCAUCGAGACCUUCCUGGGCGACUCCAAGCGGAAGGUCGAGGCGUGCUUCCUCACCGGCGACCGCUCCAUCGUCAUCGAGACCUUCCUGGGCGACUCCAAGCGGAAGGUCGAGGCGUGCUUCCUCACCGGCGACCGCUCCAUCGUCAUCGAGACCUUCUUGGGCGACUCCAAGCGGAAGGUCGAGGCGUGCUUCCUCACCGGCGACCGCUCCAUCGUCAUCGAGACCUUCCUGGGCGACUCCAAGCGGAAGGUCGAGGCGUGCUUCCUCACCGGCGACCGCUCCAUCGUCAUCGAGACCUUCCUGGGCGACUCGAAGCGGAAGGUCGAGGCGUGCUUCCUCACCGGCGACCGCUCCAUCGUCAUCGAGACCUUCCUGGGCGACUCCAAGCGGAAGGUCGAGGCGUGCUUCCUCACCGGCGACCGCUCCAUCGUCAUCGAGACCUUCCUGGGCGACUCCAAGCGGAAGGUCGAGGCGUGCUUCCUCACCGGCGACCGCUCCAUCGUCAUCGAGACCUUCCUGGGCGACUCCAAGCGGAAGGUCGAGGCGUGCUUCCUCACCGGCGACCGCUCCAUCGUCAUCGAGACCUUCCUGGGCGACUCCAAGCGGAAGGUCGAGGCGUGCUUCCUCACCGGCGACCGCUCCAUCGUCAUCGAGACCUUCCUGGGCGACUCCAAGCGGAAGGUCGAGGCGUGCUUCCUCACCGGCGACCGCUCCAUCGUCAUCGAGACCUUCCUGGGCGACUCCAAGCGGAAGGUCGAGGCGUGCUUCCUCACCGGCGACCGCUCCAUCGUCAUCGAGACCUUCCUGGGCGACUCCAAGCGGAAGGUCGAGGCGUGCUUCCUCACCGGCGACCGCUCCAUCGUCAUCGAGACCUUCCUGGGCGACUCCAAGCGGAAGGUCGAGGCGUGCUUCCUCACCGGCGACCGCUCCAUCGUCAUCGAGACCUUCCUGGGCGACUCCAAGCGGAAGGUCGAGGCGUGCUUCCUCACCGGCGACCGCUCCAUCGUCAUCGAGACCUUCCUGGGCGACUCCAAGCGGAAGGUCGAGGCGUGCUUCCUCACCGGCGACCGCUCCAUCGUCAUCGAGACCUUCCUGGGCGACUCCAAGCGGAAGGUCGAGGCGUGCUUCCUCACCGGCGACCGCUCCAUCGUCAUCGAGACCUUCCUGGGCGACUCCAAGCGGAAGGUCGAGGCGUGCUUCCUCACCGGCGACCGCUCCAUCGUCAUCGAGACCUUCCUGGGCGACUCCAAGCGGAAGGUCGAGGCGUGCUUCCUCACCGGCGACCGCUCCAUCGUCAUCGAGACCUUCCUGGGCGACUCCAAGCGGAAGGUCGAGCGGUCGCUACUGCUGCACAAGGCGUGCUUCCUCACCGGCGACCGCUCCAUCGUCAUCGAGACCUUCCUGGGCGACUCCAAGCGGAAGGUCGAGGUCAUAAUAUCAAGUUUUCACGGCGCGACGCAGUUUAGAGAAGAGCUAAUACAUGGUUUCAUACUAAUAUAUUCAGCCAAGAGGAAGGCCAGCUUAGCUACGUUAAAUGCAUUCUCAAUGAACAUUCCGAACCUACCCAUCCAAAUGGUGGCGGUGACCGACGGCGGCGGCUCCGCAGCCAGUGCUUUCUUCGGAACCGACGUCGGGCAUGCACUCAUCACCGACGGCAACGCGACCGCCGACCGCCUGGCUGCACACUUUACAACUUACACCUCGAGCGCGGAGAACAAGUCGGCAUUCUACACGCCAUUCUUCAAAGAAGUAUGGGAGCGUAAAGGCGAGAUCGAACGAGCUUUCCGAAUGGAGCAACCACAGAAACACGCCCAUAACUUGCCUGAUGUCGCCGCCGCCCGCCCAGCGCCGCCGCCCAGGAACCACUCUUAUCAUACUGACCAUAACAGGAUGGAUCACAAGCUAACCAACUCGCUGGACUUGCUGAUCGGUCCCGACUCUCGCGCAGACAUCGACUCAGAAUACUCGGACACUAUGAACAACAAGAACAGAGGGUUUUUGAAAGGUUUUAGCGUAUACCCUCCGCCAAGCACUCCUCCAGAACCGGCGCCGCCGGACCACAGAAUGCACGCCGAUCUAUCACAUGGUGGAGGACUAUGGCAGCCGGCCAGUUACGGGCACCGCGCGUUCACGACGGGUCGCACGCGUCCGCACCCGCCGCCGCCGCGGGCGCGCCAUUCGCAGACUCUAAAAGUGCACCAACCUGGCAAACUAGACAUGAACAACUACACGAUGGUGAGCGAUGCGCUCCAGCACAUUACGAUCGGACCUCCGCACAGGGAAAGAAAGUCGCAGAGAUCAGGCUGGUCGCAUUCCAGCAGUCAACAGAGCGGCCACCACCAUCCUUCUGGCGUCAGUUCCGAGACAGAGUUAGAUGCGCAGUACGCUCAGAUAAAAGAACCGAACGAAUACAUGGAAGCGCCGUCAAUGAUGAGAUUAAGGAGACAUCGGAGGCACGAGAAAACUCCGUUGCAUCAACCUUCGUUCUCUGAGACGGACAGCUCGGGCUCCAGCGAGGCGUCUGGCGGCGCGGGCGCGGCUCGUCUGCACGCGCGCCGCCGCCACAACGCGCACCACGCGCCGAGGCACUACAAGAAACGGUCGUUAGGCAAUCUGGUAGCAGUACAAAGUCCGAGGGUGCCCAAACUGGGCGUGUUUGUGGGCCCGCCCGAACUACCCACUGGGUACAGGGCGAGGACACAGGAAGACAAAGCAGCCAGCGAGUCCAGCGAAGGCAGUUCGGACGGCGAGACGCGGAGGCCUAGGCCUCUGCCCUUGCCUCCUCACCACGAGCCUCCCCAUAAGCAGCCGAAUAUUUUUAAGCAGAUGCUGGGCGGCGACUACCCGUCGUCCGCGCAAGAGAACUCUUCGUCCAGUGCUGCGGAUUCCCGCAGGAGGGCGCAUCCGUUCUCUAAACACGAUAGGAGGCAUAAGGAAUUUUCAAAGAGCAAAGACUCUAAAAAGAACUCGUCACAGUUAGCAAACACACAGUCGCAGCAGAAUUGGGGCCCUCAGGGUCCCCACGGAGUGCCUCUAUUCGUUGAGAAGUGCGUGGAAUUCAUCGAACGGGAGGGUCUGGCGUCGGAGGGACUAUACCGCGUGCCCGGCAACAGAGCACAUGUUGAUAUGCUCUUCAACAAGUUUUAUGAAGAUCCAAACGUGGAGUUGGAGUCCCUCGACAUUCCGGUCAACGCGGUGGCGACGGCACUGAAGGACUUCUUCUCCAAGAAGCUGCCGCCUCUGCUGGACGAAGCCAGUAUGACGCAGCUGGAGGAUAUUGCGGCAGCGAUGCGCGGCUGCAUCGCGGGCGGCGUGGAGCUGAAGGACCGCAGCUGGCGGCUGCUCGCGCUGCGCACGCUGCUCAAUACUGCGCUCACGCCGCUCGCGCGCGCUACACUCGACUACGUGUUACACCACUUCGCGCGGGUGGCGGACAACUCCAAACUAAACUCAAUGGACAGCAAAAACCUGGCCAUCUGCUGGUGGCCGACGCUGCUGCCGGUACAAUUCUCCGACAUGGGCCGGUUCGAGAUGACGCGGCCGUACCUCGAGGACAUCGUGCAGACCAUGAUCGACCAGCACCCCUUCCUGUUCCGCGGGAAGGAGGCGUUCGUCAUGGUGUGAGGACAGUGUGAACCCACAAUGCAUGUUGCAUUCGUGAUGGACGACGUCUGACGUCAGCGAAACGACGUCAUCGAAAACGCAAAAUGGCGGCUCAGAGCUCAGUGAGUUUGCAAGCGAUUAUCGGCCGUGCGGCCUUGCAAUACGGACUUGCGCAGUGUCAGACUUUCGUCUUGGUUGUUCUAGUGUAACGUAUACGGUUCGAACGAAAUCGUGCUAGAUGGAGGUUAUGUUAACAGCUAUUGUUAGUAGUAUUUAUCAAGUUCGCCGGUAGAUUUUUCGUUUCAAAAUUGUUCUCAUAUCAUAACGCUUAGUGUUACCGCAAAGAAAGAGAAUGCUUGCAUUUUUAAAAACUUUUUUUCUAAACCGCGAACUAUUUUAUAACGCCGAUUAUUUACCGCAGUAUUUUAAUGACUAGGUGUUAUUGUAUCUGCAUUGUAAUAGAAUUAAGGAAUUCGUGCACAAAAGUAUUUAUCGGGAUAUAAAAUGUUUUUAAAAAUAAGUAUUAUCGGUAAUGUAACGUUUAUAUUUGUAUAAUCGAUGGCAACACCACGUAAAAGGACAUUCCGUUCAGUCGAAAAGUAAUUAUGAAUUAAUUGUUAAUUAUGGAUAUUAUGAUAUUAUAGUGAUAUUCGCGUAUUGUAAGUUCGGCGGAGGCUUGUGUACAUUUUUUGUUGUUAUACUUUUUAAGUGCGAGGGAGAUAGUAAAAUACGCCCUUUCUCUUUCUUUCAGUCUAUUGAAACGAUUAACUAAAUUUAUUUAUUCAUGCUAUAUCCAAU